AUCCCUGCAAUGCAGCAAAGGAUCCCCGAAAUGACAUUUCUUAUCGUCUUCAUAAGAUUUUCAACUUGCCUAAAAACAAUAAAGACCAUCUAAAAACAAAAGUUACUUUCCAUAAGGUGUUUUGAAUUUAUAGUUCCAUUCCGUCGAAGAGAGAAUAAUUCGCAUUUAAAAUGGGACAGAUAAUGGGUUCUUAUAAUGCCCGAAAUGUCGAUCUUUACAUGGACGAUAAACCAACUUUUAAUCCUCAAGAUGGGUUUUCUUUUGAGCGUAAACAGCGAGAAAUGAUAGCGCGAGAUGAAGAUUUAAUUUCAGCAAGAAUACCUCCCUCGAAACGCGACUACUGUGCCCAUCAUUUGCUGGAAUAUCAAGUGUGUCGUUACAAAAAUAUGCCGAUGUUGUACCGAUGUGCUCAUGAGAAACACAAUUAUCUGAAUUGCGAGCACCAAGAUUAUGUGCUCCGCAUGAAGGAGUUUGAACGUGAGCGUCGUUUGAGACUUCGUGAAAAUCGCCUUGUUGGUGUUGCUUAAAUGUUUUUAGAAAUUUUCACUGAAUAAUGUAAAUAAAAUAGUUUGGAAUUAUA